AACGACCUGGGAGCGCUCCACACGGCCAGACAUCCCGACCGGUUGUAUCGGGUUGAAACCCAUGCCGGCUACGGGUGGAUGAUCACUCGGAGGAUGCUCGAAGAAAUAUACCCACAAUGGAAGAAAGCGGACAAGGAGCACGACUGGGACGUCUGGCUGCGCAGCACCGAGAUGCGCGCGGGACGGGAGUGCGUGGUGCCCGACGUUUCCCGCACCUUCCACAAUGGGGUGGCGGGAGCGCACGUCAACGGCAUCCUGACACAGUCGCAGUUCGCAGGCCACGGCGUCACCGCCGACGCUAACAUCCGCCUGAAAGACGUCGAGAAGUAA